AUUUCUAUGCAAAUGAUUUAUUUUGGCCGACAUUGAGUAUGGACGAACACAAAUCAUAGGUUAUUUUAUUGUAUAAGGUCAUGAAGUGAGUAAAAUAAGAAAAAUAAGCUGAAAUAGUGGAAAAUGAACUCGUAUUAUCCAGCGUCGUUUUUCGCACAAUAUUCAUCAGAAAAUCCACACAUGUCUCAUAAUGUUGGUUAUAAUUCGAACAAUUUUGGAUUUUUAGCAUCAAGAUUUGCAGAUCAGUUAUCCGCGUAUCAUAAUAAUAAUUUUAAUUCUGAACAUCAUCGUUUGCCGUCGAACGGAUACUCAUCUUAUCAUCAGAACCAUGACGCUCAUUCAAGGCAGAACUCAUCAGGAAAUAGUGGCGAACAUGGAGGGAGACAUAAUUUUCAGCCUCCCCCUGCACAUCAAUCAGAGGACAAUUUAGUGCCGCGAUCGUUCAGUAAUUGCAGUACAGAAAAUUGGAGCCCUCCACCUCAUGGGGUACAGUCGAGUUCACCAGAUUCGGUUCAUAACAGCACAAGUCCCUAUUCAACAAAUGCAGAUCCUUGUCCGUUGAUGUUGCAGAAAAACUUAAAAACAGACCAGAGUCAGAAUUCAGGGAAUGAACCGCCAACGCCCUUUUAUCCAUGGAUGGGAAUAGUUGGUCCAAACUCAGCACACAGACGACGAGGGCGACAAACUUAUAGUAGAUACCAAACGUUAGAAUUAGAAAAAGAAUUUCAAUUCAACCAUUACCUCACCAGAAAACGUCGGAUAGAAGUUGCACAUCAUCUAUGUUUAACUGAAAGACAAAUAAAAAUUUGGUUCCAAAACCGUAGAAUGAAAUUAAAGAAAGAGAGACAGGUUAUAAAAGAUCUUAAUGACACGUCAGUAGUUAAAAUGGAUGAUAAAGACGAUGAAAAAAGUGAGGCCGGAAGUGACGAUUCACCAUGAUGGAGUUUCGUAGUUUUAUUGAAGUACAUUCGGAAGUGGUUUGAACGAGAAGCAUGACACGUGAUGCAGUUUGUAAGCGUUUCUAAAAAACGGGUUGAUUUUUAUCUUGCCUAUCUUCAGCUCCUCUGUACACGAAAAAAGUUUCUAUUUAUGUUGUAGCAAAGCUGCAUUGUGUUAAAGAAUUCAAACUUGUUUGAUCUUAAUAUCUGCAAGACGACGAGAGGGGGCGUUAAAGGAAAACAAUGAUGGAUCCUAACAAAUGCUUGCUUUGUGCGAGAUCUGCUUGACUGACUCUUGAAGUCGGGCGGAAGGUCGUAAAAGUGUCACGGCAAAAAAAAUUCAGUAUAUCCUGCUUUUUAUGCGUAAUAUUUUGAUCUUGAAAUUUAAGGUUCAGUGUAUGGAACGCCUCUUCGUAUCAAUUAACAGCAGAAGAUAAUAGACAACACCUGUCCAAUCAUUUUAUACCCACAAUGAGGUAUGGAAAUCAUAUUUACCUUACAAUUAACUGCUAUCAUUCCAGCGGUGUGCAGCUAUGGAUUUUACUUAUGAAGUGCAAUCAUAUAGAUUUACGAAAAGACGGAUAAGACGGUGCAAUGUUUCGCGACCAUAAUCUACCUGUGCCAUUUUUAAUGCCAAAUAAAGUCAAAUGACUAGUGCUUCUUAUUUCAAAGACAUUUUGUACAGGAAGGUGCAAUUUUCCUACUGCAAUAUUGAAACUUUUAUGUGGACAAACAUUUGACAACGUGCUUUUUCAUAAGAAUACUAUACACCAUUUUCAAUGAAGUCAUACAUUUGAUUUUCAAGAUUUAUUUAUGAAAGGAAAUCGUAUCCCAAAUAAUCAAUAGCACAAAAGGCACGUGUACUUAACAAUUCUUUUGACACCGAUACCUAUUGCAACAUUAAUUAUUUACAAAAUAUAUGAUAUAAAUAUUUCUUAAUUAUCUCAACGUUAUUGUUCGUGUUUGUCCCAUGCUGUCUUUUGUAUGUUUGUGUUUAUAUUCGUAUUUUGAAGGCGGGAUCGCCUCCUUAUUUCUCCAAAAGGGUAAAAAUACCAUGUACGUUUGUUAUGUUGUUAAAUUUUAUUGAAUAUGAAGGGUAAAUAUUAGAAUAGAAAUACAGAGAAAAUACUGUCUACUAGUAAAUGAAUUAUAGACAAAUGGCAUUAGGUAUAGUCUACAUAAGCAAAUAAUUGGAUUGUAAAAAUAACGACAAUGCACGUGCAUUUGUACUUAAAGCUUUUCAAGUCUUUCGCUUGAAUAUCGGUAGUAACAUUUGAAGUAGGAAUUUAGGUCAAAGGUUACUUAUUUAUACCAAUUUCCAAAUGUGUCAAAAUUACUUCCAACGUUCCAUAUUUAAAUAUUUUUUUAAAGUGUUCAUUUCAAUAGAUAUGUUUUCAUAUGCAUGUCCGUUCUUUUUCUCAGGGUUUUGACAAAUUAAGCUUUUUUCAUAUGAUAUAAUAUUGUAAUUAUUUUACUGUAGGGCAGGCUGAAUCGAUUUUUUUGACUCUCGUAAAGUUUUUUUUACGUAAAAACAACAAAUAUGUUUUUGAAAAAAAAAUGAAGAUUUUUAAAGAACGGUUUCCGUUACCUCAAUUUUCGGGCAAAAUGAAUAGUUUUAUUUUGCAGUUGAAAAAGAAGAUGAAGCCAAAGAGAGGCUAUAUUCAUAUUUAGUGUUGUAUUUUCUCUGUCGUAAUCUUUUAGUCAAUUUGUUAUAUUUUGUGAAUUUACGAACUGAAAUAACGAGAUUGUUAUACAUAAUUGUACCAUUAAAAAGUGUAUAUUAUAAUUUUACUUCGAUAUGUGAAAUAUAUGAACAGACUUAACAUAAAAGAUAUAAUUUAUAUAAAAAGUUAAUUAUUUUUUAUCUUAAAGGGAGGAUUGUUUGGUCAGAAGGUGAAAAAUGCUUAUUUCAAAAAUGAAUAAUCUGGCUUUAUUUAAAUGAAAGCAAAUCUGUCCAAGCUUUUCUCUUUUCAGAAUAGAAAAUAAAAAUAGAAGUAACAGCAUUUGCAAACAAAUUAGCCGAGCAUAAAACCAAUAACAGAACUUUUAGUUUUACUUUGUAUUCAUUUCCUUGUUCUUUGACAUUAUUUCAAAUGAUAUCUGUUAACACCAAAGCUAUAGAAAGUUUUUUACUGUAAUUUCAAACUAUAGUUAUUAACACAUAAUUUGUUGAUUUUCACCUAUUUUGAACUAUAGCUGUUAACACCAAAGCUGCAGAAUGUUUUUCGUUGUUAUUAUCAAGGAUAGCUGUUAACACCCCGAAUUGUCAAAUGGUUUUCACUGUUAUUUCAAACGAUAGCUGUCUACCGUUUUCCGUUGAGGAAUAAGAAUGUAACAUAGAUAUGUAACAACUAAAAAUAAGUUCCUAGUGUUACCAAUGUCAAUGAAUUUGUUGUUUUGUCUGUUCGUACGUUUCAUCAUAUCUUUUUUCAGAAAAUAUCAGACGGUUAUGGCGAACUGUCAAAAACAUUGUGCAUGGCUAUAUAAAAAUUAUCAAGUGUAGUUGAAAUAUUUUUUCAUGUUAGUUGAAAAAACGAAAAUAAAAAAAUGCCGAAGUUAUA